AUGGUGAAAGUCUUUCACUAUCCAAUGCAUCUGCCAUCCGGGAAAAGCCUCAGUAUAAAACCAUUGUACAGUACUGCGUGUAAGUUUACUACCAUUGCGAUUGUCGAUCCUUCCACAAGAAACGAUAUGAACACGAGACGAUUGAUGAUGAUGGCGGUGAUUGGGGCGGUGCUUCUGAUCGCCCCAGCUGUGUUCGGCCAGGACGAACAGGAAGACAUCAACGUGAUGCCCAAAGAGCGCCAGCUGGCCAUCAUUGACGAAAUGAUCCGAGGCCAGCACAAGAUUCAACAGGCGCUUAGGCGAAUGCUGAAGAAGGUCGAUGGGGUAGAGAUCGUCGGAUCCGAUGAAGAUGUCAACAACGACAGUGCCGGUGGAAGUGAAGAGCAAAAUCAAUCUGGCAGUCAGGAGAAUUCGGCCGAAGAGCACGAAUGGGAACGGGAGAGGCAGCGUCGCAUCCGGGAGGCUCGGGAGCAGAUGGAGCAAAGUGUCAACAACAUUGCCGCACGUCUGAUGGAGUCGAACGGCUUGAUCGAGGGAUGCGAACAGAAGGUUGAUCACCUUAUCGAGGAACAGCACGAGCAUAGUGGCGAGGUGGAAUACAAUCUGCACUACAAUAAGCCGCAUCACCAUCAUCAUCAUCACAACCGUCACAGCUCGGAAUCGGAGAGUGAGGAGUACAAGGUCAAGCUGCAGAAGAAGAAGAAGAAGAACGCCAAGCGCCCCUCGAGGCCACACUACAGGGGAGCAAGGAUGGUUGAGGAAGAUGACGUCGAGGACAAUGACGAGACCGUAAGCAACGUUGAUGGAGAAGAAAUCGUCCAGACCCUACCCGUUGAAUAAGGCCCAGUGAUUGGUAAAAGACUUGUGAUUUAUUUAAAAAAUAUUGAAAUUGUACACUUUUGAUGACUGAAGAACUUUCAAAAUAAAGCUCAGCUCAAGAAAUACAAAA